AUACAGAGCAGGUUCUGGUCUUCUCUCCAGAAUCCCCCUUUAUCCCCGGGGUCCCUCCUUGUCCUGGAGGAUCUCCUCCAGCUCCUCCACCAAGGAUGGACAGGAAGGAGAUCAGCAGAAGAAUAUUAGACCUCACCUUGGAGAUCAUCUCCCUGCUGAGCGGAGAGGAUUACACCCUAGUGAAGAAGACAUCGGGGAGGACUCCCAUCAUCCAGGAAUCAGGAGGGUGGACCCCCAUCACAGAGCCUCCCCCACUGAUACAUGAGGAGAAGAUCCUAGAACUCGCCCACAAGAUGAUGGAGCUGCUGACUGGAGAGGUUCCUGUAAGGUGUCAGGAUGUGGCGGUGUAUUUCUCCCUGGAGGAGUGGGAGUAUAUAGAAGGACAGGAGGAGCUGUACGAGGAGGCCAUGAUGGAGGAGCCCCGGCCUCUGACAUCUCCAGGUUCUGACUCCAGGAGGAGAAGUCCCCCCGAGAGAUGUCCCCGUCCUCUGUAUUCCCAGGACUGUCCAGAGGAGAAGCUCCCAGAGAACCAUCAGAUGACAAAUCAGAGGGAAGAUGUGACUGAAAUCAAAGUGGAGGAUGAAGAAGAGCGGAUGAUGGGCGAUCCCCCGUGUAAGAGUGAGGUGGAGGAGGACAUUCCAGGAGAUGUGACCACAGAUAUAAUCUGGUCUAUGGGUGUUACUAAAGAGAUUAGGGGUUUCAUUAGUAAGGUUGACUGUUAUACCUUUCUCACAACUGGAGGAUCCCACAAAUCUAUCCCCUUUACCGAAGCUGAUGUGGAAGCAUACCUGCGGGUCACCUAACUGCCCGGACACCCAUACAGAGCUAAUAUUAAAACUAUAACUGAUGUUACCCUGUAGGAAUGUAUCAUUAAAUUCUAUCGAAAAAUGUC